AUGAACCAGCUGCAUCUUAUCUCAAGCGCAGACAGACUGGGUGGCCGGGUCAGCUCUACCCCAAGCCGGUCCGGCCGGAUUCAUAGGGGAGCCGCCUUCUCGCUGCGUUGCAAGCCGCUCAAAUCAUAUUCCGGGUCGCCUCUACCACUGCUCAGCAUCAUCAGCAACAAGCUGACUCCCUAG